AUGGCUGCCUUGACAGAGAGCCUCUCCUCAAGGGCAGUAGGAGAGGUUCCAACCUCAACCACGAUGAGCAUCAGCCAAGAGCCGAGUGAUGGGCGGUUUUCUUCAACAUCUGCCGACGAGAGCCCGGGCCUCACAACGUUUUCCCUAUUCUCACUUCUCCCCGCGGAGCUCCGUCUCAAGAUAUGGCGUCUCUCAUUCUUCCCUCGUACAGUCGUCCUUCACACCCGCCGCACCCACUAUGCUGAUGACAACCACCGAGACCAACCCAAGUGGCAAUCACUCUCCUUCAACCCUGUCGCUCUUUCGGUCUCUAUGGAAGCCCGCCAGGCAGCUCUCAGGCACUAUAAUGUUGCGCUUCCCCUUUACGCUCCUUUCGUCCGACACCACCCCCUAGACCCAGAGAUCAAUUCGGAACGGCCUGGCGACCUCCUUCCUUCCCGCUCGCUGUAUCUCAACCUAGAGCAUGACACAGUCGCCUUGCUCGGUGAUCUCCAUUACACCCGGUUGACGAACCUGUUGGAUUGGCUCCGAAAGACGGGUGCAUCCACUCUGAGGAACCAAAAGGGUAAGGCGAGGGGGCUGAGAAGGCUGUCAAUGAGCAUGGCUCCCUGGGCUCACCCAGUGGGGGCAGCCACUCUCAAAGCGUUUGCGCGGACCAUUUUUGCCGACCUGGAUGAGUUUAUCUUGUUUCUAUAUGCAGAGCGCAUGCCGCCGGCCGAGUGGAAGGGCGGUAAAUGCGUGCUGCAGCAAGCGAGUGUCGAUACUGAUUACUAUCGCCGCUUCCUCCUGAGCAGAGGCAAGCAGUUUGUUGAUGGGGACGGGUGGAUGAAGGUUGGCAAGAAGCCCAUGAAGGUGGCCGAGAUUCAGUUUGUGGAUGGGUGGUGA